CUCUCAGUGACGUAAAGGGCGCGUGCUUUAAAGAUGGCGGCGUCUGUAUAUGUCGGAAGUAACGUUCGUGUUUUUAGUCGCACUCAACUAAAGUCUAAACUCUAGAAAACUGUUUAGACACGCUAGGACGUAGUACAGUUCACGUCGAUAAAUCACACACGGACUUUUAAAAGGAGAAUGACUUAAAAAAGCAGGUUUAUAAGCGGGACAGUGUUUGCUAGCUGGCUAGCAGUAAAGAAGCUGCGCGUGCACACACGCCCACUGAGACGUUACGCUGUCGUGCGCGUGUGUUGUUUAUCUGUGCUACUUGUUUAACUAUGUUUAGUUUCACUAGUUUGUGGUUUGGGAUGCUGCUCGGUUUCUGGCGCUAGCAAGGUUAAGAGUGAGUUAGUUGGAACUUUUCCUACUGACAGCUAGCGGUUUAGUUUUAGCGAAGCUGGCAGGUGCACACAGCCUUCUGCUUAUGACCUUCUGCUGUCGUUACUACUUCCGUCAGAACUGUCGAGAGACUUUUAACUAAAGUAAUUAACUUUGGGGGAAGUUUGAGGUCACUUUUAAUUCUGUUUAAUUUAAAGCUAACCUUGUGAGCCUGGCAAUGCUUCCGUAUGAACUUUUAGCUAGCAAGCUAACACACUAUCCGGACUGACAGGUGGGCAGCUGUGUCCUUUUUAUAGCUAAUAGACCUGGCAUAAACUCAGGUUAUAUUAAAUACCUGUCACGGCGGCUGUGGGUGAAAAUAUAACGUAUUUGGUAAAGUAUUUUCAUAGCUGAAAGUUAUUGUCUAAUAUUGCAUUAUAUAAGUCAUACUUUACUAUACAACUGAACUUUUUUCUAGUUAAAGCUAGUUUUGCAUUAAUCCACCACUCUUGUGUUUUUCAGUCCAUCAGCAUCUAGAUAACAAAAAGCUUCAAGCAUUUUUGAGUUCCCUGAUAUUUUAUUGCACAGGGACACGUUUUUUGUUUGUUUGUUUGUUUGUUUCUAUUCAGUUAGAAGCUGUGUUUUUUUCUACAUACCUGUCAUUAAUCUGGGAUGUUGUAUAUCUCUCAGGGUGAAAAUACAAUAAUAUAACAUCUUGUGUAAAGAAAUUAUUAACAUUUAUGAUAUUACCAUUGCCGUCAUUUAUGUUUGGGAUGUCUGACUACUAGAUACUAGUUUCCUGCAUUAUUCAAACCAUCAGCAUCUGGAUACAAGAAAUAUUCAAGCAGCUUGACAGGUUAAUGCACUGGCACAAUUUUCCACUCAGAAAGCUUUUAUUUCCUAGGGUCUCUUUGCACAAACUGUUUACUCAGAGCCACUGCAAUCCUCCCCAGCUUACCUCUGUUUACAACACAUUUGGACAGAACCACUGGUGUUGCAAACUUUCGUCACUAGAAUGACACUCCAUACUUUAAGGACAUUUCUCUGCUGUCGAAAUCCUGUCCUGGCAAUCAAAGGGUGCGGUCGCCUGUAUUUUCAUCAGACUGGUGUGUGUAGAGGCGCUUUACAGGCUGACAGCGGCUUCAAUCCUUCAAAAGUUGCAGUGGUGACUAAAACUACACGAUAUGAAUUCGAGCAGCAGAGAUAUUUCUGUGCUGGACUAUCAGAAGAGGAUCUCAAACAGCUGCUUGCGUUGAAGGGAUCCAGUUACAGCGGACUUCUGGAACGGCACAACAUACACACGCGCAAUGUUGGACACAUUGUGGACAAUCUGCAAAUACAAGGCAUGGAGGUCCGUGUGGUUAAAAGAGGAGAGUACGAUGAAGACACAGUCAGAUGGGCAGAUGCUAUUGUGUCUGCUGGAGGUGAUGGCACCAUGCUGCUGGUUGCAAGUAAAGUUUUUGAUAAGAACAAACCUGUAAUAGGAGUCAACACUGACCCAGAACGGUCAGAGGGUCAUCUCUGCUUGCCUGUACGCUAUACACAUGCAUUCCCUGAAGCAUUACGAAAACUUAGGAAAGGAGACUUCAGGUGGCAGUGGCGUCAGCGGAUCCGCAUGCACUUGGAGGGCACAGGGAUCAACCCCACUCCAGUGGACCUGCACGAGCAGCAGUUGAGUUUAGAGCAACACACCAACGCCCACCGAAUUACCACCAACUCCCAAAACAGAAGAACACAUGAAACCUACACUUCACCACACCUUCUUCCUGUCCGAGGACUCAAUGAAAUCUUCAUUGGAGAGUCCCUCUCCUCCAGGGUGAAGUAUAAAUCCUUCAAACCCCAUCUUACCCUCUCGCUCCAUAGGGCUUCUUACUAUGAGAUUUCGAUUGAUGAUGGACCCUGGGAGAAGCAGAAGAGCUCAGGACUUAGCGUUUGCACUGGAACUGGAUCCAAAGCUUGGUCUUAUAAUAUUAAUAAACUUGUGGACCAGGCUGUGGAGGAUGUCCUUCGAAUAGCCAAAGAAAAAACUGGUUUGAAUAUUCCACUAAACCAGGAAGUUGUCAGAAGUGUGACUGAUGCAUACAACGAAGGUCUCAUAUUCAGUCCCGAGGAGAACCGUAUUUUCUUUAGCAUCCGAGAGCCCAUCGCCAACAGAGUGUUUUCCAACAGCCGCCAAAGAGGAUUUGCAAGCAAGGUGUGUGUCCGCUCAAGGUGCUGGGACGCCUGCAUGGUGGUGGAUGGAGGAACAUCCUUCGAGUUCAAUGAUGGUGCUAUUGCCACUAUCAGCUUGCACGAGGAGGACCUGCUGAAAACUGUUCUGCUUGAUUGAACUCAUGAAUGCAGUUUAAUAUUGGAACUGCAUAAAUCAUGUCUGGACUGGAGAUGAUCACUAACGUAAGGUCAAAUGUGGGUUAACGUAUUUCAACAUGAAGGCUCAUGAGCUGUUGCAGACUUGUAAUUUGCUGGUUUUACAGGUGGGAUAAAAUCAUUUUUGUGGUGUUAUGAUAUCCCAGAAGGCUGAAUUAGAUGGAAUUCGGAUUGUUUGUGGGGUUUUUGCAGAAUGUCGUGCUUUUUGUUGGCAGUGUUCUCAACUAAUAAGCAAGUAGAUCAAUUUUGUUUGCACUUUUGGCUCCCAACCAUGCAAAUGUGAAUACAAUCAGGAGACUUGUUCCAUAAUAAUAGGGUUUAAUGAAAACAAAAAACAUUCAAGCUAUUUUCAUCUACCCACAAUGUUUAAAGACUUUCCUAAAAGUAAAGUCAGUAAUGUAAAUUAAAGUGUCAGUGAUUAAGAAGUUUCUAAAUAUGAAUAAUGAAUGCAGUAGGAACGUGCACAUGUUAGCACUCCAGUGGGCCUGAUACACUCCUGUGUUCAUGAGCUUGGCCUUUUUUGUUCUGCAAGCUUCUUAUCUCUGAUCAUGUUUGUGAUCUGUCAGAUCCCACUCUUGAUACACAACUCUACAUGACUCUUUUAAUUGGUCUGUACUGAUGUGAUAUUGUCAGAAAAGCAGAUCAUGAAAUAAUUUACUGCAAUAAGAAUGUACCGUCAAAUCACUGACCCCAUUAGUAUUCAAGCAUGCAUCAUGCCUCAUAGUAGUAAAUGUAAGCAACUGGAUUUGUGUUUGGAUCGACUUUUCCAAUCCUCAAAGGGAACUCAUUCAAAAUGUGUGGUUAUUUAGUAGAACUGAUGAAGCCCUUCAGAUCAGUGAUCCAAACACAAGUGCCUGAAUGUACUUUUAAGACAUUCCAAAUUGAAUUGUUCAUUUACACCACCUAGUGGCCAUGUGGUACUAAAUCUAGUAUUAUUUCAGACAGGAAGCCCAGUGGUAUUGGCAGAACAGAGCAUUAAUUUGUAUUUCGCCACAAAGAUGUACUAGUGCCAAAAUGUGUUUUGUAUGGAGAAAAGACGAGAUGGAACGUCUGCAGUGCUGGAUUCUUUAUUAAAGACUUUAUGUUCUAAUUUUA